GCUGGGUAACACAAAUAAGCGCAAAAUAAUGAUCGGCACGCAGCCAUCACAAACAAAAUAUUGUUAAGCAGAUUAGUCCCCACUUAUCCCGCCGCGUUCAUGCGCGCUUUCCAGAGGCGCGGAGUUACCUCCUUCGUCCUCGUCUUGCUUUCCGUUCGCGAUCUCCCCGGAAUCGGCGAGAGGAAAGACGGGUGCGCAACAGCGGAGUCGGAACGGUUCGAUACCGCGCGAACGGAGAGGAAUCAGCGGAGCGCGGAAGAAUAAUGAUCCCGGAUUUUCUUUGCGCCCAGAGGAGAAAACCGCAGCGAUGAAUAAAUAAACAGGGCGGUUGUAAAACUCCGCGCGGAUCGGCCAGUCGUGACCACGGGAGGCUACGCAUGCACGAUCGUUUCGUGUCGAUACGAGUCAGCGCGUGAGAAGACCUCCAGACGCAUAGGCGCUCUCAGAAUGCGGGCGUGAGAAAACGCAUAGGCUACUACUACGGCGGGGGAAUUAAAGUGCAGCGGCGGGCGAGGAAACGUCUUGAGGGCCAGGGGGUGUGUGCGACUGCAGGACACCACCAGCAUGUCGAACCGAAAGCACCGGGACAACCAGGAGAUAUGCGCCCGCAAGGUCCGAGAGCUCGCCCAGACGGGAGUGAACAAGCACUGCUUCGAGUGCAGCCAGCCCGGGGUGACUUACAUCGAUAUCACCGUGGGCUGCUUCGUGUGCACGUCGUGCUCCGGAAUGCUGAGAGGGCUCAACCCACCCCACAGAGUUAAGUCUAUUUCCAUGACAACCUUCUCCCAACAGGAAGUGGAGUUUCUGCAAAACCAUGGCAACGAGGUAGGAAGAAGGACCUGGCUCUGCAUAUUUGACCCCAAAACAGAUGGCUGUUUUGACGCACGUGACACACAGAAGCUGAAAGAGUUCUUGCAGGACAAAUAUGAGAGAAAGAAAUGGCAUUUCUGUAAAAGUAAGAUCCGCAGGGAUGUGAAUGAGUCACCAUGGGCUCCAGGGGUUCAGGCCGUUCCAGCUCCACACGGACCCGCUCAGAACCAGCCUCCUCCCGGACAUCCUCUGAACCCCACAGCCCGGCCCACCCGUACGCUGUCCCAGUCCCAGUUGUCAAUAUGGGACAGAGCUCCUGCUGUCUCCCCAGCUGAUAGCCGUACUGAGGUGUUCACUGCCAGGCCAACUCGCUCACAGAGCUUCAGAGAUCAUCCCAUUAAAGACACGUUGUUAAGUGGUAUGGAGAGACAGAGGCCAGGAACAAUUUCUUCUGGAAUGGGACACCAGAAUCAUCCCUCCUCAUUUCCAGCCCUUCCACGCCCUUCAGCAAGUAGCACUUUCAAAAACAGCUUUACUUUAGGUCGCACUCUGUCAACUGGGGGUGGAGCUCCAUUUAGAGCUUUCCCUAAAUCGCUGAGUUUGGAUUUUGGGGGUCUAAGCCACGCCCACAACACCCUAAGUUCUGCUGCCCCGCCCCCUGUCACUCAGGAUAAGUAUGCAGCCUUAUCACAGCUUGAUAAAGUGUUCUCAGACAGCACACCUAUCACAGCCAUUACAACAGCUCCCUCUGAUGGACCGCCUCAGUAUAGCACCCUUUUUAGUAACAGACUAUCCUCCAGUUCCACCCCUGCAAGCUCCCCAGGCGUUCCAGAGACCACUUCUGGAUCUCAGACGUUUGCAAAUUUCCCAAACCCUUUCAACUCUACAGCCGGUUGCGCCCAGCCCGUUCUGUCUCCCAGUAACCCCUUCAAAAGCACAGCCUCAGAUGAUGCCUCCUCCUCCUCCUCAGUCGUCUUUCCUCAGUCUGUCUCUUUUCCUGCACCCACCACCCAAAGUGCUUUUUCUCACCAACAGUCUAGUAACCAGGAAGCAAACGGUUUCAACUCAUUUCCUGCCCCCGAGUCUGUCCCUAAAGUCCCACGACCAAUGUCUGUCAACCCUUUCACUGGGAAUGUUUACCCGAGCAGAGGAGCAUCACUGAACCCUUUCAUCUGAACAACCUCGGCCAUGGAGAAAGAAGAGAGCGGAGUGGAGCUUGUUUACCUUGCCAUACAUACAGAAAACACCCAACACUUCUGCGUGUGUCUUCAUGUAUGUUUAAAGGUGUGUGUGUGUGUGUGUGUGUGUGUUAGCAGAUAUUGUACAUGUAUCUAUUUGUACAUGCUUUGUUGUAUGUGCGCGCGCGAGUGUGUUUGUACGUGCCCUUUUGUACCAGAUGCUAUAAAUUAAGCUUUGUGUGUGUGUGUGUUUGCGUGGGUUCUGCCCAAAAUCAGAGGAACCUUCUGAUAACAGAAGAACUUCGAUGAAAGGUGUUUAUGAGAGCCGCAAACACACACACAAGCUGCUGCUUUGAUCUUUCCACACAGUAGAACUUCUCGUGCCAAUAUUGCCCUAACCUGAGUGCCCACUUAUUUCACUCAGUCACUGAGGUCGACACAUUACAAUAAAACAGUAGCUUCAGAUCAUCUCAGUAAUGCAUUUCUCCUCAGUGCAGAUUUGGUUUAAUUGAUUCGGAUGCAUGUGAAAAAGACGGCAUUAACAAAACAGGCGUUUCCUUCACUCUUCUGUCUGUGUACGUAUGCCGGGCUCAUUUCUAUUUAUUUUGACGUCAGCGUUUCAUUCAAAACGUUAAUAAGUAUUUGUGUGUGCAUUGUCGAACUGCAUGCGCUUCUCAAGCUGAGCAGGGAGCUGCUGAAUGUACUGCAGUUUCAGAUAUAAUGAGGGAAAAAAAGUUUCUUGUAUGGACCAAAAAUUGUCUAAUAUCGUCAAGUUUUCUGUAUAACGUAGAGACGGUUUCUUUUGCUAAAAGGAUUCAUAUAGAAUGUCUUUGUAUCGAGAUGUAUCCAUAUGCAUAAAGCUAUCCAUAACUGUUGUGUCAAUGUGUAUUGUCUGUGUGAUGCAAAUCCAACUGAAUUUGCUGCUUUUGGAAUUUCAUGCAAUAUCUUUUUACGACAGCAUCAUUUAUAUUUUUCUGUGAAGAUCAUUAUUGCAUUUCGAAUGUAUUUGCACUCUAUGAUCAUUAGGGCUUACAACUGAAAAUUAAAAUGAAAAGUAUCAAUUUCACCUCUCA